UCACCUUUGUCAUAAAUGCCCUACCAAGUAACGGAGGUUUGCUGCCUUUAUCAAAUUUCUGACACAGAUCCAGAGAAAAUUCCAUUUAUCUAAUCUGAUGUCUAUGGAGCUCUCUUCUCUCAAUUUUUGUCCAUGCCUUUGAACAAAUUCACCUUUUUGUAAGCACCGAUUUCAGGAGUUUGAAGCAAGACAAAAGGCUCAGGUCAACACCACUUUCACUGAUUCCUCUUCCUGUUCUCUCUUCUUCUUUAUGGAGAAACCCAUGACUGGAAGGCUGUGUAAUCAGCAACUGGGGUUUGUGAUCCUUCUCUCCUUUGUCUUAUGUUUAGUUUUACUUUGCUUUGAUUAUUCAGCUUUAACUGGUAGCAAUAAUGGCGACACUUCCAUGGUCAACAAUUAUGCAAAUCUCAUUAGCACUCAAACUUCACAUUACAGUGAUCCUAUUUUUCCUCUGCCCCACAGCCCACUUGAAUUUGUCUUCAAUAAAACUGAUUCAGAUUCUUGUUUGGGUCGCUAUAUUUAUAUUCAUGAUGUUCCCAGCCGCUUCAAUGAAGCCUUACUCCAGAAUUGCCAUUUACUUACACCGGGUGCCGAGAAAAAUAUGUGUCCUUACUUGAGUAACCUCGGUCUUGGCCCACGAAUUGGGGAUCAUGAAAUGGUUUUGUCUAAUGAUAGUUGGUACUUGACUAACCAGUUCUUGUUAGAAGUUAUUUUUCACAAUAAGAUGAAGAAUUAUAAGUGUUUAACGAAUGAUUCAUCACUUGCAUCAGCUAUUUAUGUGCCCUUUUAUGCCGGACUUGAUAUCAGUAGAUAUCUGUUCGCCGGUGCAAGCAUAUCAGUGAGGGACUCUUCUGCAAUUGGUUUACUAAAGUGGCUAAGAGAAAGAGCAGAGUGGAAAAAAUUGUGGGGUAGAGAUCAUUUCUUUGUUGUGGGAAGGAUCUCUUGGGAUUUCAGGAGACAAACUGAUAAUGUAUCUGAUUGGGGUAGCAAGCUUAGGUUCUUGCCUGAAUCUAAUAACAUGACAAUGUUGUCAGUAGAAGCGAGUUCUUGGAACAAUGAUUUCGCAAUACCAUAUCCAACAUGCUUCCAUCCUUAUUCAGAAGAUGAAAUUACUCAAUGGCAAGACAGAAUGCGAAGGCAGGAAAGGCGGUACUUGUUCUCUUUUGCUGGAGGUCCAAGGCCUGAUCUUCAAGGUUCCAUUCGGGGUAAGAUUAUAGAUCAAUGUCUUGCUUCAGGAAGUUUAUGUAAGUUGAUAGAUUGUAAUUAUGGUGCAACAAAUUGCAACAACCCAGUUAGUGUGAUGAAGGUGUUUCAAAACUCAGUGUUCUGUUUGCAGCCUCAAGGGGAUUCUUACACCAGGAGAUCCAUUUUUGAUGCAAUUUUGGCUGGUUGCAUUCCAGUAUUUUUCCAUCCGGGUACUGCAUAUGCACAAUAUUUAUGGCACUUACCAAAAAAUUAUACUACAUAUUCUUUGUAUUUGCCAGUGAGAAAUGUUAAAGAUUGGAAAUUGGUGAUUAAUGAGACCUUGCUUGGAGUUCCUAAGGAAAGAGUGUUAGCAUUAAGAGAAGAGAUUAUAAAGCUGAUUCCAAGAGUACUUUAUGCUGAUCCGAAGUCGAAGUUAGAGACUUUGGAAGAUGCAUUUGAUUUAGCUUUGAGGGGAAUUUUUCAGAGGAUAGAGGGAGUUAGGAGGUUAAUUAGAGAAGGAAGGGAUCCUGUUAUUGGUUUUGCAGAUAGAGAUGAUUUCAAGUACACAUUUUCUGUGUAUGGGGAAGAAAGCUGAAUGGUAAAAUUCAAAUACAUUGCUUUUGAACUUGGGAUCUUGUCAGUCAUACGUUCUUUGCUUCAGCUGAAAGAAUACUUAUGGCAUAUAUGCGAUUAGGAAUUGUGGAAACUAUACAGUUAUUAUUUAAGGGGGUUGUUCGUGUAAUCUUCAGCAGAAUCAGCAAUAUUUUUCAAUGAUGGUGCUUAUAUUAUACAACCGAAUAUUUGAAACAGUAUAGAUAUGAAUGCCUUCAGAGUGUUGCAGUUUAUGUUUGGUGUAUGUUUAUUUUGUGGGCUUCUGAUAGCAAUUAUAUUAUAUAAUCAUUUCGAUA